CGAUCCAUGCGCAUGAGGCACAGGAUGGUGUUAUGGGCCCUGCUGUCUCUGCCUGACACAGUAUAUGCGGGUGUGUGAGAGCGUUGUGACCGGGUGAGCCAUACUUUUACCAUCUCACAAUCCGGAUCAUGCGUUGUACACUGCCAGGCACUGGUAAAGUUCAACAAAUCCCUCGCCGUCAACAAGCGCUUCCGAUCCACCAUCGACAAUCUUCGGCGGGAGAGAGUUGUCUUUGACAACAUCUAUCGCAAGUUUGAAAAGGAGCUUAACGACCAGAAGAAGCAAAUGGCAGACAUUAUCGAGCUCAGCAACGCUGCGUAUGAAGCGAGAGACGAAGCCCAAGCGCGGAUCAUCCUCCUGCGUGAGAAAGCAGAGAAGGAGUACCAGACCUAUUUCCAGGAAAUCAAGGAGCUGGACCGGGCACUCGAGCAGGAUCGAAAGCUGAAGGACUUUAUGGCCACAAAGGUGCUGGAUCGACAGGAGAAGGCCGAAGGCAAGGAUGGGGCCAACAAAGACCUCUCUAGCCACCAUGAGAAGGAUUCGUCCAACAAAAACAUGCCCUCUACCGAGGUCCUGGCCGAGUCCGUUGAGACCUAUGAACGUGCAUUCGAGGAGAUCCGCAAAGUUACCGGGUCGAGCGAUAUUGGCGAACUGGUCCAGCGCUUCAAGGCCAUCGAGGACCAGAACUUUUCUCUGUUCAACUACGUGAACGAGAUCAACAACGAAGUCGAGUGCUGUGCAGAAGAUAUCGUCAAGAUCCAAAACCACAUCGACGAAAUGAAGAUUGAAAACGUCAAGACCGAAGAAAGUCGGAAGAAGCUCAUGAAAUCUCUGGAGGAGCAACUAUCCCACACCAACUCCCGCUGCAGUCAAUACGAAAGCCAGUACAACGAGGUCACCUUCUUGAUAUCAGACCUCAGAAAGGCAGUCGAGGGUCUGAUCUUCAACCUCCAGCACACACGUCUUCCCUCCAUGUCCCCACGCAAGCCUGCCCAGAGCAGCUCACAGAACAGCACGCACCCGACAACCCCGGCACACCCAAGUCUAUCCAGCGGAGGACUAGACGAAACUGCAGAGGGAGCCGAGUCUCACGAAGCCAAGGACGAAGAUGGACACGAGAGUUCGGAAGAAUAUAACUCGUCCAGCCGCGAAGCCCUCUCGAAAGCUGCGACAGACAGCGGGGAAGAGCAGAAUGCCGAGGCCGACCAGGCCGAACAGGAACGCAAAGUGGACUAUGUGAUUUCUGCCGACAUGAUCCCGGGCGGCGUCGUCACGGACACGAACCUGCUUCAAGUCCUGGGUAUUGUCGAACAAAAGACCAACGAGCUCCUUACGAUGCACUACAUCUUCAACGCACCAAAGAAGAGCGGCAGCAGCGCUCCAUCCGGCAGCGCCGGCGUCGAAGACAAGGGAGAACUUGGCAAAGAGGGUGUUGUCAUCACGACGGGCGGCGUCGGUGGCCUCCUGGGGCUGGGACCGCAGCCGACCGUCAACAACUUGUCCAUCAUGGCACCAACCAUAGGCGACGACCAAUAUUCGGACGACAACAUGUCCGAGGACGACGACAGACCCAUGACCCGCGACGAGCUCAUGCAGAAAACCAUGAAAGGGCUCUCCAAACGCGAAAAGAAUGCCGGCGUCAAAAUCGGCGGUGGAAAGAACAAACGCAAGGGCCCCAAGACAAAGGCGCUCGAGUAGAGAAAUACAAGAGGAUCAACUGGCGACAGGCAUCUUCCUGGUUAUUUCUCCCUCUCCCUAUCCCUGUCUCUCUUCCCUCUAUUUCUUUCUUUGACCUUGGUAACUUUGAAAGCGCAACUGCAGCAUGUUCAGAGCGAAGCGGGAAAGUGAAUUCCCGAGCGUCCUCCCCUUGGUCACUGCUUUCGAUGCAGCGGUCUGUAGGCUGCAGGAGCAAGCUAUGAGAUUGUUUCCAGUCUUGGGGAGCACAGUCUUGAAUACAUAUGGUCAAUCUCCUGUGGCG